UCGUUCGGCAGCGAGCGGGCUUCCCUGGCAGUUCAGUUAAGUUACUAAAUAUUAACUAAACUAAUCAAUCAACUUUCCCCUCCUUUCUCACCUUAAGUCGCAAUCAAGCGUUAUUCGGGGUUGUAAAAAAUAUUUUUUUAGUAUUUUUUUCAAGGAUUAAAAAUAUAAGUUACUGUUGAUUAGGCCGAGAUCAGUGAAUGAGGUACAGUACAAAGCUGUUUGUUCUCUCCCUACCUAACUUUAAACUUACAGAUCUUCUGGACGCUCUCAAUCCCGCCCCCGGGUCUCACCCUUUCGGUCCUCCGACCGGGAUUCCUCCUUCUCCCUCGCCUCCUCCGCCGCCCGACACCGUCCUCUCUCUCCUCCUCUCCCUUUCCCCUCCUUUCCCUUGCCUUGCCUUGCUUUGCCUUCGUCGGCAUCUCCUAUCGCAGGCUCUUUCGACGCGUGUUCUCCCUCUCAACCCCGACCAACCUGAUCUCAACUCGCCUCUUCUUCUGGCCCCCUUGACCCUUCCGCUUUGUUAGGGCGAAACCUCAAAUCUCCAGAUCGGUCUCGAAUAUCUGAUCACACUUCCGGCUUCGCCUCUACAACAGGUGACAGCCACAUUUUAUAUGAAUAGUUUCUCUACC